CUGGCGUUGCCGGCGCCCGGCGAUGCUGCCGAGCGCACGACGGACAUCCAGGUCGGCGGGCCAAACGUGGCGCUGGACCACCUCGGACCGGUCGUGGUCAACGUCGAUGGUACCCUGAGCCGCAUCGGCAACUGGCAGGAGCUCUCGUCGUUCGAGAAGGCCACGUCGAAGCGCCUCCUGACGAAGCGCAACGCGGAGCGUCUGGCGGCGCUCAAGGCGAAGGAGGAC